AUGUCUUCUGCCCCCAAACCCCACGUCCCUCUAGUCAUCCUCGGGGCGGGGGUGAUUGGACUUACCAUCGCCUACAUCGCUGCUUGUGACUCAGAUGUGAUUUUUGAUAUCACGAUCGUUGCAAGAGAUAUGCCUGGGGAUUGGGAUUCCCAAGCUUGGGCAAGUCCAUUCGCUGGUGCGAGUUGGUCUCCGCAUCCGUUGGGUGCCACAGAUGAGCGUGUGCGAAGAUGGGAGCAGAUAACCUUUGAUAGGUUAUGGGAAAUGGCACCAUCGGGCUUGGUCAAAAUAUCACCCUCUAAGAUCCUCGGAGAAACGGACGCCAUCCUUUCUACUAUCUGGUGGAAAGACCUUGUCCGCGAUUUCAAAUUGCUCUCAGAGUCUGAGAUCCCUGCACCAUAUAAAGUCGGAAUUGCGUUCAACACAGUCACCGUUAACCCGCCGGAUUAUUUGUCAUGGCUUCGGUCAGAGCUCGAGGCUUGUGGUGUUGUGUUCCGUCGCCAAUACAUAAGGAGUCUGGACGAAGUGAAGUCAUUGGUUGGCAAAACCAGUUUAUUAGUGAAUGCAACAUCUCUCGGUUCACGGUCUCUGAUCGGAGUAGAAGAUACAGCCAUGUAUCCGAUCAGGGGACAAUCUAUCAUAGUCCAACGUACUGGCUUACAGGAAUUCAUAACAGUACGGUCUGGUGGCGGGCUGUCGGAACACGUCACAUCUAUUACUCCUCGCCCUGGACUAACACAAACGAACACCGCGUUUUUAAAUGGAACACAUCAAAUAGGAAACUGGGACACAUCCUUGGACAUGUCGGUUGCAAAGGGCAUAUUUGAGCGGUGCUCUGUCCUGGCGCCAUGUCUGAAAGAAGAAGGGACGAAGAUCCUUAGGCACAAUGUCGGCCUUAGGCCUGAUAGGAAGGGUGGUCCACGCGUAGAAGCUGAGCAUAUCUCGCUUCCUCUUCAACGAAGUGAUGGCUUGGCUCCUUACAUGCGCGAGAAUGCGGAUGGCGAGCAGCAGAACCUGACGGUUAUUCACGCAUAUGGAAUGGGAGCCGCGGGCUACCAAAGAUCCUGGGGUGUAGCUACCGAGGUUCUAUCUCUACUGAAGGAGAACGUACAGACAGGCUGCUGA